GAGCGGCCGCCCGCCAUCCCUGUCCCCCCCCCCACCCCGCCACCAUCCCCACUCCUCCUUCCUCCUCCUCCUCCUCCUCCUUCUCUUCCUCGUCCUCCUCCUCCCUCUCUCCGUCACCGCGGGGGCCAGGCCUGAGCUUCAUCGUCAUCGUCAUCAUCUUCCUCUGUGUGGUUCCCCCCCCCUCCCCACCAUCCACCCACCCAUCCAUCCCAAAAUCCCGCCGAGCCCGGCGCUUCCAUGGUGCGGGAAGGCGGCAUGGCCCGGACCCCUUACAGCUCCUCGCAGGACAUCCAGAUGGACGUCUUGGACAACGCCGCGCUCCAGGGCAAGUACAGCAGGCGCAAGAGCCGCUUCAAGCGCUCGGACGGCAGCACCUCCUCCGACACCACCUCCAACAGCUUCGUCCGCCAGGGCUCGGCAGAGUCCUACACCAGCCGCCCCUCGGACUCGGAUGUGUCGCUGGAGGAGGACCGGGAAGCGCUGCGGAAGGAGGCCGAGCGCCAGGCCAUGGCCCAGCUGGAGAAAGCCAAGACGAAGCCGGUGGCGUUUGCCGUCCGCACCAACGUCGGCUACAACCCCUCGGCCACCGACGACGUGCCCGUGCAGGGCAUGGCCAUCUGCUUCGAGCCCAAGGACUUCCUGCACAUCAAGGAGAAGUACAACAACGACUGGUGGAUCGGGCGGCUGGUGAAGGAGGGCUGCGAGGUGGGCUUCAUCCCCAGCCCCGUCAAGCUGGAGAACAUGAGGCUGCUGCAGGAGCAGAAGAUGAGGCAGAGCCGCCUGAGCUCGAGCAAAUCCGGGGACAACUCCACCUCCAGCCUGGGUGACGUGGUGACAGGGACCCGCCGGCCCACGCCCCCGGCCAGCGCGAAGCAGAAGCAGAAGUCGGCCGAGCACGUGCCCCCCUACGACGUGGUGCCCUCCAUGCGCCCCAUCAUCCUCGUGGGGCCCUCGCUGAAGGGCUACGAGGUCACUGACAUGAUGCAGAAAGCCCUGUUCGACUUCCUGAAGCAUCGCUUCGAUGGCAGGAUCUCCAUCACGCGGGUCACGGCCGACAUCUCCCUGGCCAAGCGCUCCGUGCUCAACAACCCCAGCAAACACACCAUCAUCGAGCGCUCCAGCACCCGCUCCAGCCUGGCCGAGGUGCAGAGUGAGACUGAGCGGAUCUUCGAGCUGGCCCGGACGCUGCAGUUGGUGGCCCUGGACGCCGACACCAUCAACCACCCGGCCCAGCUGGCCAAGACCUCCCUGGCCCCCAUCAUCGUCUACAUCAAAAUCACCUCCCCCAAGGUGCUGCAGCGCCUGGUGAAGUCCCGGGGCAAGUCCCAGGCGAAGCAUCUCAACGUGCAGAUGGUGGCCUCGGACAAGCUGGCGCAGUGCCCGCCUGAGAUGUUCGACAUCGUGCUGGACGAGAACCAGCUGGAGGAGGCCUGUGAGCACCUGGCCGAGUACCUGGAGGCCUACUGGAAGGCCACGCACCCCCCCAGCAGCAACCCCCCGAACCCGCUGCUGAACCGCACCAUGGCCUCGGCGGCGCUGGCCGCCAGCCCCGCGCCCGUCUCCAACCUCCAGGGUCCGUUCCCGGAGGGGGAGCAGGGUCACCCCCGGCCGGGCCCGGGGGGCCGCGGGCAGGGCAGAGCCCCCCCGGCCCCCGCCCGCCCCGGCCCCCGCAGCCUGUGCCGCCAGGACACCUUCGACUCGGAGCCCGCGGGCAGCCGGGACUCGGAGCCCGGGGAUUCCUGCUGCAUGGACAUCGAGAUGGACCCCGUCGAGGAGGAGCCCCCCGGGGACGGGGCCGAGGAGGGCCGGGGGCUGCGGGGCCGAGCCAAGGGCCAGGAGCCCCUGGGCCUGGGGGAGGGCGAGGGCUGGGGGCAGGACGUUUACAUCCGUUAGGGUGAGGGGGUGCGGGCAGUGCUGGUUUUGGGGGGUGGGAGACCCUCCCCGGUUGCCUUUGUGCCCCCCCUCCGAGCCCGGCCAGCAGUGCCACGGGGAGCCCCUGCUUUGCCCUGGGGGGUCCCCCUGCCCAACUCUUUGGUGAGGGGGGGGUCUCCCUGUGCCCCCCUGCCACAGCCCCCCCAGCAUCUCGCGGUGCCUCGGGCCCCCCCUGCCUGGCAGGGACAGCAAGUGACCAAAGGGGACCCGACCUGUCCCCGUCCCCUGCCCCGGGCGUGGGGUGGGGGGCUGUGCUCCCCCCCAGCCCUGCCUGCUGGCUGCCCCCCCCGGGUACCCCCCGCUUCUCCAUGGUGCUCUUGGCCCCCCGGGCUGGCCGUGGCAGUGGGGGGGUCCCUGCCAGCUGUCCCCCACCCCAGCCAGUGCCUGCCCACAGCCCCCCGGCCCCCCACCCCGGGGGGGUGCAUGUGUGUGGUGUGUGCAGGGCUUUGGGGGGCUCCUGCUGCCCCCGGCUGUGCCCCCCCCGGGGUGCUGCCUGCCCGGGGAGGGGUGGGGGCAGUUUGCAUGUGUUUGCCUUGGAGGGGCUCUGCCUGAACUGGGGGGGUGGAGGGUAAAUCUGAGCCAGUUUUGGGGUCUAACCCGUGCUAACAGCUGCCCAGCCCUGGCCUGCCCUGCAGUGCCCGGAGGGUCCCGCUGCCCUGGGACCUCUGGGGUGCACUGGGCAGUGCCAGGCCCCUGUCCCCCCCCCCCAAAACCCCUCUGUGCCAACCCCCCCGCUGUGCCUGUCCAGCCAUGUCUGUCUGUCCGUCCGUCCGUCAGCCUCUGUCCGUCCCCCCCUUGGCCCCCCCAAUACCCUGGGGCACUGCCUUGUCCUGCGCCUGCCCCGGGGCGUCCUUUGUGCCCCCCCCCCCCCAAAUCCACGGGGGUGACCACACCAGGGUGGGAGUGGGGACACCCCCCAUCCAGCCCUCACCGUGGGGCUGGGCUUGUCUCACUUUAUGGGGCAGCCCCCUGCCCCCCACCCCGGGGCAAUCCUGGGGGUCCCCGGGGUCACUGCCUUACCCAGACCACCAGCCCAGGGCAGGGGGCUCGGGGGCACCCAGCUCUGCCGCUGCCAAGCCGCCCCCACCCACGUGUGCCUCAGUUUCCCCCCUUUUUUUUUUGGUGGGGGGGGACUCGGUGUCACUGCCUGCCAAGUGCUUUGAGCCCCCCCUGCCCCAAUGCUCGCCCUCGUGGUGGCCACAACCUGAGCAGUGGGGCCCCCCCACCCGCGGGCAGAGGGACGUCCCGUAUUUAUGUCACUCCGCAAAGUUUUAAUUUAAAGACCUGACAAAGUGUAUUUUAUUUAUUUAUUCUCGUUGGUUUGUGUGUGUGUGUGUGUGUGUUUGGGGGGGAGGGGGGACUCGCCCCGCUCGCUUGGUUCUUUGUAAUAAACAUUUCGGUGAGAUCUGUC